GAUUUUUCCUCGACAGAUCCUGCCGCAGUCUGCUUCCUGCACCACUCUCCUCCGCCUGCCCGCCCGCCGCCGUUGCCGCCACUGCCGCAUCGCCUGUAUCUUCCACCUGGAGCCUUCAGGCAUCACGCCGUUGUCUUCCUUCUCCAACCCCUGCCUCGAGGUAAAGUGUAUCGGGCUGAGACGCCGGGCCUUGGCCCCCAGCGUCCGCCCUCGGUCCUCGCCCUGGUGGGUGUGGCCCACUUUGGCCCGCUACCGCCCGCCGCCACCGCACUUCGGUCUCCCCUCCCGCCCCGCCGCCACAUUUCAACCUCCUCUCGCAGCCCUUAGUUCCUCGCCCCCACUGCCUGAAUCCCAGAGACCCCGAUCUAGUCAAGAUGUCGGAGGCGGCAGGAAAUCUCAAUAGCCUCCGCAUGGCAAAUGUAGCCCUGCAAGAAGAAUUAAAUGCCCUUCGCGGGGAGAAUGCCAGUUUGGGCCUUCAGCUUGGAAGAGCCCUGGCCGAGGUUAAUUCCUUGCGGGGCAAUGUCUCGAGCUAUAUCCGCUGGCCAAUGCCCGUAGUGCCUGUACUGGCCGAGGAGAACUUUGAGUUCCCGCUCAAUGAGAUCGACACCAUGCCCGAGGAAGAGGUCCCCUUCUUGUGCUGGCCUCCCCCACGAACGGAUUCUGACUAUGUCUCGAAUGAUCUUUUGAUUAACGUGGUCCAGGACUAUAUGACCCCCGAAGGGUCCACCGACCCUCCCCUGCCACCCAGCCCGCCCCCGCUGGAGCUGCCCUCCCCGGCGUCAAAGGAGCCGCCCCCACAGCCGCUUCUGCCACCACUGGAGCGGCCUGACAUAGAGCCCUUUUCAGGCAACCCAGUCUACCUGGCCGAAUUCCUGAUGCAGCUAGAGACCUUCAUAGCUGACCAUGAAGAUCAUUUUCCCGGGGGCGCUGAGCGGGUGGCCUUUCUGAUCUCCUUUUUCACUGGGGAAGCUAGGGAUUGGGCCAUCUCUGUCACCCAGGAAGGAAGCUCCCUGCAUGCCAACUUCCCUCGCUUCCUGGAUGAAAUCCGUAAGGAAUUCUGUGGCCCCAUCCCCCCACGUGUAGCUAAAAAGGCCAUCCGAAAGCUCAAACAGGGAGACUGUACCCUGGGCAGCUAUGCCGAUGCUUUUCAGUACCUGGCCCAAUUCUUGCCUUGGGAUGACUGCCGCCUCCAAAACCAAUUUCUCAAAGGCCUGUCAGAAUUCUUCAGAAAGGAGCUCUUAUGGUCAACUGAAAUGGCUGACCUAGACGAGCUGAUUCUUGAGUGCGUGGAGAUAGAAAGAAAAGUGCGUGUCCCCAAGCCGAUGCCACUCCCUGGGGUUCGCAAUGUUGUUUUCCCUUUUGCUUCGAACCUUAAUGAGGAUGAAACUGGAGGCGAAGAGCACUACAGUGAAGAUGAGGAUGGAGAGGCAUGUAGGAGUGGGCUUUACCUGAAGGACCAGCCAAAUCACAUGAGGGUUUUCCAGCAAGAGAUGAGGGAGGAGGAGGAAGAGGAGAUGGGGAAGGAGGAGGAAGAAAUGAAGGAGGAGGAGGACGAAGAGGAGGAGGAGGAGGACUAUGAUGAGGAGGAUGAGGAUGAGGAUGAGGAGGAUGAGGAUGAAGAUGAGGAUGAAGAUGAGGAUGAAGAUGAGGAUGAAGAUGAGGAUGAGGAAGAGGAGGAAAAGGAGGAGGAGGAGGAAGAGGAGGAGGAGGAGGAGGAGGAGGAAGAGAUGAAACCAAAAGAAGAUGAGGAAGAGAUGAACAAAAAUGAGGAUGAUGAUGAGAAUAAGGAUGAGGAAGAUAUAAUUGAGUUGGGGAGCCAGAUUCCAUGUCAGGAGCUAGACCCAGAUCAGGCAAGAAUGGUGACCUAUAGUGACCUGGAGGCCCACUUUUUGGCCUACCAUCUUCACCAUCAUCAUCACCACCACCAGCACCUCCUGCAACAGCUGAUGGAGAUGGAGGAGCCUCUCCUUGUUGACACUUCAACCCAAACUAUUAGCUCUGAAAUAUACCAUGCCGAGAAUUUCCUGGAUGAAUCGCCUCCUAUACAGCCUAGCAGACGGAGGAACCAGAAUCGAGUUCCACUUCUGGAGGGCCUUCCAGGUACCAAUUCACCAUUCUACAGCUCGCCACCACUGAUUCGCCGCGCAGGUCGCAUGGGGCAACGCCAAAUUCGAAGACGCCCACCAGUGCUGUUCCGCCUCACUCCGAGACAGGGGGGCCACCGAGCUGCUCGUGGCCGAAUUCGCGUGUGAGUACUGGGGCCACCUGGAACACACCCUUCUACUGCGUCCCCUGCCCCUGCUAUUGCUGCCACACGUGCCCCAUCUACUGACCAGUUCUUAAGGGCGUUCCAGACCUGUACAACCUGAAGAAGACCCACAGAAUUCCAGACCGUCUUGCAGCCUGACCAGAGAGUGACAUGUGGCCAACCAAGGCCCACCUGGGAAAGGAAGGACGACCAUAGUUGUCCUGUUGCACAUACUCUGCUCUGUCCUGCCACAAGCUGAAGAGCAGGUUUCUGGGCUUGUUCCUAUAAAUGAACUGGUCUCCCUUUUGUAUUCCUCUCUAGUUGUUCCCAGCCCUCACUCUCCUGUGUUUCUUCACCCUGUGUUCUACAGUUUUAUCCUCUGACUGGCUCACCAGGACUUCACCCAAUGCCUCACUGAUCUGCCCCAAUGAUUAAAAGGACAGGCUACACUGAACUCCUAAAGCUGAGGCCAUUUACUAGGUAAAACUGACUUCAAGCAGGAUGGCACCGAGAAAUGUACCUAGAAGCCUAUGCUUAUUUCAUGCCAUACCUCCAGCAAAAAGGCCUGGAAGAGGACCCUACACUUAGCCCAGUGGACAACCUGACUGAGGUUUGUCCUUGACUGACUGGCAACCUGGUCCAUUUUCAGCACCUGAAUUUACUUUCCUCCAGACUUCUGUAUCAGGGCCCUUGGACCAGCUUGGCCAAAUCUGGGGCUUUCUCCUCUUACCACACUGCCCUUCUGAUUUUCCCUGCGGGCAGAAUUCAACUUGUCAGCCUCCACCCCUUUCCUUGAUGUUGCCUAAAGGGUAGGCAGCUGGGGGUCGGGAAUAAGGAGCGGAAGAAGUCACACAACUCAGUUUGACAUCCUAAGGAGUAACUUUUUUCUUAGGGACGGAGGUCUGCCCCUGUUGCAGGCUUAGACUAUAGCCCCCAGCCAAAGGUCUCCACAGGUGACUUUCUGUCCUCAAGAUUUCAGAGGAGGCCCAUUAUUCUUUCCUUCCAGGACAGCCAGAAAGAGAGAGAGAGAGAGAGAGAAAGAUUGGCUCUGCAGAGACUGUACCCACUGCAGCCUCAUGGCUGGGACAUCCUUAUGGCUCUCAUGAGUGGUCAACACCUGGCUGCCAAUGUCCCUAAAAUAAAUGCUGAGGCUGAAGGGUAUGGCUGCCUCCAAGGCACUCCCACGGCUUCUGCGUACAAACCCAGGUGCCUCCUAAAGAGACCUGCUGCUCACCCUGGGUCCAGAAAACACUGCUUUUGCAGUGAAAAAUACACAUUUACUAUGUCAGCUCUGGCCACAAAAUGCCAACCAAAUCGGCAGCUGGCCCAAACUGCCCCUGGACACUGAACUUUCUGUGCAGUGCCUGGCACCUGGGUAAGGGCAGCCAAAGUGUCUGUGGCCAGAGGGAAGAAAACAUAGUAAAAGAAAUCUCUGUUCCUUACUGGAGUCUGACAGGUAACCAGGCUUAGGAUAUUGGGCCUGGAGGCCAGAGGAAGGAACUGGAGGAAGAGGAGUCACAGAGAGACCCAGUCCUCAGACUGGUUUUGGGUGAGAUCUCUAUUCGUCAGUAGGAGCUUAUUUCCUCAGGAGGGAGUUCCAGAAGAGGAAUUGCUAUUCUUCGAGGCUUCGAACCUGUUUGCUGAUGUUGACCUGCUGGCCCUGCUGCCCGUGUGCUGAUGGAGAAGUGCAAUGGACAGGUGCCUUGCACCCCCACUUCUGGGGAGCCAUCAGCACAGGCCCUGCCUGUUCCCACGGUGCAUCUCACCUGAACCCUGUAGUCUCAGCCAGGGAGAAAGCAGAUGAGCAGUGAGCUGGUUUUCAGGCCUCUGGGGGCAGAGGGGGGUUGGGCUUCCCUUUGACCCUCUCCCCACUUUCCCAGAUCUUCAAUAUUUGUUGUGAUGUGACAGCCAUGAGAGCUGUGGGCUUUGGGAGC